CGUGACAGGGGGGUUGAAACUAGAUGAUCUUUGAGGUCCUUCUCAACCCUGGCCAUUCUAUGAUUCUAUGACUGGGCUUAAGAUACAGUUGUCCAGCUGCCUCUUCUUGUGGUCUGUCAGAUGAGGUUCUUUCAACAUAAGAUUUGGCACACUUGUGAAGUCUGUUGAGUUUUGCCUAUUUGAUACCCAAGAACCAUCCAAAACUCAGCUCUGCCCUGAGGUUUCCAAAAGCUGGAAUGACAUCAACAAAAAAGACAAAAAGUUGUACUAUCAAGACAUAUGUGAACAAUAUUGAGAUUCUCUGUAGACUCCAACUGGGAGAAAAGUUUCUGGAGAGCUUCUGGCCUAUAAAACAUAGUUAAUAUUUGGAGUUCUUUCCUUUGAGAUCUCCAGGUUUCAUUCAAGAGUAAAAGUGCUUCAGAACCCUGAGAGAUCUGUGUAAAGGGGAACCUCAGGUCCCUGGCACUUCCACCAAGCCAUCAUGAUUUCCAAGGAGCUGGUUCUCCAGAAAAUUUUGCUGGAGCUGAAAACAUCACACAUCUGCCCUGCGUAAGUUAUGCCAACAUGUCUCUAGUUUGGACUCUGUUAUAUUUCUAGAGCCCUGACUAAGGACAAAAGGCAUUCUCUCCCCUUCUCUGUCUCUCCUCUCCCUGCAGCUCUGCGCCCAGUGUCAGCAGAGAGCUGGUAGAGGACAGAGAGUUUGUUUGUUCAAAGCUCUCUCUGAGUGAGCUGAGAGUGCGGUUUCCAUGCCAAAGCCUGAUGUGAUGGGCAAUUGGGCAACUCAAAUUAGGAAGCCUGGGACACUGCUUUCGUGUUGUGAACAGCUGGAGCAGGCAGAGCCUCCUCAAUUAACAGUGUUUUUCAGGGAGCAAGAAGGGAGGGAGAAAUAAGCCAAAGAGACAAGGGAGAGAUCUGUGCUUAUCCCUCCUGAAGUACCCAAAAUAAUGAAGCUCUUAUUUUCAUAUUUAUUCACUCGGUGAAUGGGGGAUCCAAAGAUUCCAUAGGCACUUUGUCCCUGGAUAUCUCCCCCUCUUUUGUUCAUAAGACACCUGCUCCUCAUAAAUGAGAAUUAGGUCUCUGAUAUCUGCUCCUCCUGUGCUGUAGCCACCAGCAGAAAACAAAAAAUUUCCCCUUACCUAGCCUACUCUUCCCCGAGGAUCUUUUCCUAGAAGAGAAUAUCCUCUUAUCCCACACUGAGUCAUGUCCCUGUUUAUCCUGCUGUAGCUUCUGCACCUCCCAGGUCUGGAUGGGAUCAAUACCGUUCUGCAUGUUCCAGUGGCUGCCUGUACCCACAAACCCACCUCAACUUCCCACGCCUGUUCAUACCCACAGACAUUAACGUGGAGGUUCUAUCCAUGGCUUGUUCAGCUGUCAUAUUGCUGCUGUAAAUACCUUUCUUCUCCUCUCACCUCCAGGUUGCUAAUUGAUCCUGCAGGGAGACUGUCCUCACCCUCUUUUCUGCUUCUGCUAUGGACACUUCUGCUUUCAGCCUCCCCACGCCAACAGUGUCAGAGGAGGGGAAUGCCUCUGGUAGCUGGGCAGGCUUCACCACACCCAACAGCUCCACCACCACCACCAGCCCUGGUGUGGUUGUCAGCGGUGUCCUCAUCCCCGUGGUUUACCUCAUCGUCUGUGUGGUGGGGCUAAUUGGGAAUUCUCUGGUCAUUUAUGUGGUUUUGCGACACUCCGUGAGUGAAUCAGUGACCAAUGUCUACAUCUUGAACCUGGCCCUAGCUGAUGAACUCUUCAUGCUGGGUCUGCCAUUCCUGGCAGCACAAAAUGCCCUGUCCUACUGGCCAUUUGGGUCCUUCAUGUGCCGCUUGGUGAUGGCCGUGGAUGCCAUCAACCAGUUCACCAGCAUCUUCUGCCUGACAGUGAUGAGCGUUGACCGCUACCUGGCUGUGGUCCAUCCUGGGAAGUCCUCCAAAUGGCGAACAGCACGAGUGGCCAAGGCUGUGAGUGCCACUGUGUGGAUGCUGUCAUCCAUAGUGGUGCUGCCCGUGGUGGUCUUCUCAGAUGUCCCUUUAGGUAUGAGCACAUGCCACAUCCAGUGGCCAGAACCUGCCUCAGUUUGGCGAGCUGGCUUCAUCAUCUACACUGCCACUUUGGGCUUCUUCGGACCACUGCUGGUGAUUUGUCUCUGCUAUCUUCUCAUUGUUGUGAAGGUCCGUUCCUCUGGCAGAAGGGUGAGGGCUCUGUCCUCUAAACAUAAGCUUUCGGAGCGCAGGGUGACUCGCAUGGUGGUGACUGUCGUGGCUGUCUUCGUCCUCUGCUGGCUCCCCUUCUAUGUCCUCAACAUAAUCAAUGUUGUUUGUCCAUUGCCAGAGGAGCCAUCCCUCUUCGGUGUCUAUUUCCUCGUGGUGGUGCUGCCGUAUGCCAAUAGCUGUGCCAACCCUAUCAUCUAUGGCUUCCUCUCCUACCGCUUCAAGCAGGGCUUCCGAAGGGCCAUCUUCAGGCCGUCCCGCCGUGUCCAGAGCCAGGAAGUGCCAGAAUGUCCCCCGGAAAAGUCUGAUGAUGGAGGAGAAGAAAAGGAGAUCAGCAAGAUCACCCAGAAUGGCAAUGACAGACAGGAGCGCCCUCUAAGCAGCAGGGCAGGAGAAAGCAAUGAGCAAAAACCACUCCCUGAGGAGCCUGUGGGCUGUGAGAAGAGCAGCAAGCUGCAUGUCAGUUAUUUAUGAUGAAAGGGAUGGUGCAGGGGAAGGAGACUGGGACAUGGGUUCCCUUUCACCCUCUGUGCUAUCCUAUCUCAGAGACAAUGUGAGAGGUCGAUACAAGGCAACAUUACAGAUUACGCUUAAAGAUGAAGAGGGCUCCAUGAGGUGUGGAAAAAAAAGGGAAAGCAUUGUACUUGGCUUUGGAAGGGACACUUAAGUUUUGUGUAGCAAGAAGUAAAGGAUCUAGGGAAAGCAGAACAGGAUAUGGGAACAGGCAGUACGGAGAGAGCAAGGUCUGUCCUAUGCUGCAUGAUCCAACCUUUGAUCACCCAUCUAUGAAGAGCAUCAGCUACCAUGUGACUAGCAUUUCAAGGGGGUUCUCAAAUAGGUAUAUGUGAUGUGUGCCUCUGAAGAUACCUAACAGGCAUCCCAGUGCCUUGGUUGUCUUCCUUGUGGACAUGAGAAGCAGUUUACCUUGGAGGAAGAACAAGAAGGACAAGUCUUUGCAUCUAAGACCCACCAGCAGCCUGUUGCAUGAAUGGCUGACAUCUUUUUAGCUCUUCUAAAAGUCUUAAGGACAACUUACCCCCUCGCUGGUUCUGGCUGGAGACCACUCAAUGAUGAGAAUUACCCAGCAGUGCAAAUGGGACAUUUCUUUCCCAAAUUCUACAAAGUUCAAGCUUUUCUGGUGACUGCACCCUGAUAGAAGGUGUAAUGAGUAGAAAAUAAGCCAGUGAGGCAUGGGUUAGAGGCAGUGUUUCUUAUAAACUGAAAUGCCUUUUCUCUUUUUCUCUCCCUCAGCCUGGCUGUAAAUAAACAAAAUGCCUUUGGACUUAAAAGCCAACUGAGCAGAACAAUUCUGUGUGUUUAGGAGAAGGGAGAUGCUAUAGAUUUGGCUCUCCUGAGAAUACACAAUCUCUCUGAUCUCUGUAUGAAGGAAUGUUUGGCUGGUACAGGAGAUCAAAGUAUGUAUCAGCAGAGAAUGGGGGCAGGAAGCAGAGGGGGCCAGAGGAAUCUCCAAUGUGUGUUGGAGGAGUCUGGGAAAUACUAGCAGCUGACUGUUCUUGUGGGAAAUUGUGGAGUGUUUGGCUCUAGAUGGAGAGGAAAUUAUGUGCCUGCAAAUGUAUGAAAGUGGUUGUAUGUAAAAAUUUGAUCAGUGGACUAUAUGUGUGUGAGAAUGGCUGAACAGGGUCAAGGAUUGAGGAGUCAGCGUUGGAGGGGAAUGCAUAGGGGUUUGGCACUGUGGGAUGGGUACAGAUAUGUACAAAUAAAGGUUUGUGUGUGUAUAAGUGCAUAAAAAUGCAGGUGAGGAAGAAUGUUUAUGCAACUGUGGGAUGUUUAAGUGUAGGCAUGCAAGUAUAUAUAGCAGUGAGUGUGCAUGUGACAAGCUGUGUCAGAGUGCGAGAGGGCGUGUGUUGCUGUGAGUGUUGGAUGAGUGUGCAUCAGUCGCUGGAAGGAAGCUGUAAGUGGGCCUGUGGAAGAGCAGCAAUGCACAAGGGGGGGCGGGAUGAAGGUCUCUCCCACCACUUUGGCUUCAUUCCUACAGGCUCUGUCUGUCCUCACACCUUGAGCUUCUCCAUGAAUGCUGUUGCUAAGCUACAGCCACCUAGAAGAUUCUCAUACCAGAGCCCUUGGUAUAAAGGCACUUUCAUCCACAGACAAAUUAGAGAUAAAGUUCCCUUAGCUAUGGAGAUGUUGGAGGAUGGAUUUCAGGUAGGGUCAGUGACAAGAGCUGGCUGAGUGACAGAUGUCUCACAGGACACUUGAAAGAAGGCAUGUGGUGUGAAGGGAUGGCACGGGGGAAGUGUGCUAGGACAGAAGGCUCAGCCUCACUAGCCAAAGCUGAACUCCCAGUAACAUAAACCAACCUUUUGUUUUGCUCCUCUUACAAAGCACACUUACUCCCCUUGAACAUGAGCAGUCAUAUGCUGAGGAGUGUAGGAGAUAAGAAAAUCAUUGGUAGCCAGUUUCUGCUACCUUUUGACAUCUCCCCCUCCUUCCAUACAUGCACCAGCUCCCCAUUCUGUAGGCUGUAGUGAGGCUGUAGUGAGAAAAGCAGCCAAACUAU